UAGAAGGGUUAGGUCAUUCUAUGAGAUGUGUGUUGUUGGAGAGGGCUUCAGUCAUUGAGUUAUUUGUUUGCUGGAAUCAGCAUAAACUUUAGCUACUUUGGGUAGAUUUAUAUACAUUGUUUUGGUUUUUUUUUCACUUCACAGAAGAGGCUGGGACCACCUAAAAGUAGAUAAUUCUCAGGUUUACGUCUGCAUUGGUUUAACUUUCUUUAAACAGAUAAGGACUCUGUUUGCUUCUUCAUCAUGACAGGAAGAUGGAACCUUCUUGUACUGGUUCUUUUCCUCUGCCUAAUCAUGGGGCAUUCAGUACCCUGCCCUGAUGGAUUUAGCUGCAAUACGAAGAAAACAGUUUUCACAGACAUAAACGAAUGUGAAGAUUACAACCCAUGUGGAGAUAAUACGAUCUGCAAGAACACAAAUGGGAGCUACUACUGCCAGUGUCAGGAUGGCUUUAGGUCACCAACAGGGGAGGUGAAUUUUACAGAUGGUGGAUGCAAAGAUAUCCAAGAAUGUUUGGAAAUCACAAACAUCUGUGGACCUAACGCCAAAUGUAACAAUGCAAUCCCCUAUUACUUGUGCAUCUGUAACGAUGGAUUCAUUUCUACCACUGGGAAGAAAAACUUUAGUCGUGAUGAAAAUGCUUCAUGUGAAGAUAUUGAUGAAUGUCAGAGAGAAAAUGUCUGUGGUCACAAUGCUUCCUGUAUAAACACACGAGGCAGCUAUUACUGUGUCUGCAAUGCUGGCUUUGAACUAAAAUCUGGCAGAUUCAUCUUCUCAGGGAAUCUGGAGCAAUGUGAAGCAUUAAACUGUGAUGUUUUCAAAGACAUGCUGGAAGAGAAAUUUCCCAUUGUGAAGCAGCUCAAAAAACUCUAUCUGCAACUCACAGAGAGCAAAAAUCAGAACCAAUCUGAUCAGAUGAGCUGGAAGGAAGAAUUCCUGAAGACAUUGUUGUCUGCGAUAGAUGAGUUCUUGUCCAGUGGUGUCCUCAAUGACAAAAGGAAAGUCUCCACCUUUCUGGAUUUGGUAGAGACAGCUCUGAGGCUAACUGCUCGCUUCAUAAAGAGUCCAGGGGAAAACAGAACUUCCACUCACACAGAGCUGGAAAUGGUCACACAUAAGGGACCUAUUAUACCCAAAGGAAACACAGUCUUAUCAACUAAGCAUGCUAAGUUGGAUAUCCAGAUGGAGAUAGCUGCUGGAGAUCCCGCCGAUUAUCUUGGCUUUUCAGCAGUGUCCUUGAUGAGCUAUUCAAACCUGGAAAACUCUACACAGUUCUUUGAUGGGAUGAAACCACAAAAGAACCAGAGCUUUAAGAUAAACUCCAAAGUGGUCACUGUCACUGUCAGUAACAGAAACACAAGCCACCUCAAAACGCCAGUCAAACUAACUCUGUACCACCUACAACAGAAAACUCAAAUGCACAGCUGUGUGUUCUGGGAUUCCUCACUGAAAGGAGGAUCAUGGUCUGAUCGUGGCUGCAGUGUGGUGGAGUCAAACCUGAAUUACACUGUGUGCUCCUGUAACCACCUGAGCAGCUUUGCUGUACUCAUGUCCCUCUAUGAGAUUGAGAAUAAGUUUGAGUUGCAGCUGAUCACCUGGGUGGGCCUGUCCCUUUCACUGAUUUGCUUAUUCAUCUGUAUCCUGACGUUCUCGAUGAUCCACUCCAUUAAAAGCCCAAGAACCACCAUCCACCUGCAUCUCUGCAUCAGCCUCUUCAUUGCAAACCUUGUCUUUCUAGCAGGCAUCUCUCAGACAGCAAACAAGGUUGGCUGCGCAGUGGUAGCAGGGGUUCUGCAUUUCUCCUACCUGGCAGCAUUUUGCUGGAUGUGUCUGGAGGGCAUUCAACUGUUCAGGAUGGUUGUCCUCGUCUUCAACACCAACUUCAAAACCCUCUACAUGAUGGCAGGUGGCUAUGGUGUUCCAGCUGUUAUUGUUGCGAUCUCUGCCAUAGCUAAUUCUGAGGGAUAUGGCACUGAGAGAUACUGUUGGCUAAAUCUGGGAUUAAUUUGGAGUUUCUUUGGCCCUGCCUGUGUCAUCAUCAUUAUAAACAUUUUCUUCUUUCUUAUAACUGUGUGGAAAUUAGCACUUAAGUUCUCAAGUUUGAACCCUGACCUUGACAACCUGCACAAAAUAAAGGCAUUCACCAUUACUGCAGUGGCUCAGCUGUGUGUGUUGGGAAUCAUGUGGAUUUUUGGUUGUUUCCAGUUUGAAGAAAGCACUAUAACCAUGUCUUACCUGUUCACCAUUUUUGGCAGUCUUCAGGGUGUUAUGCUCUUUGUCAUGCAUUGUCUGUUUUCCAAACAGGUGAGAGAAGAAUAUGAAAACAUCCUCACCAGAUUUUGUGUGCCUCGGAAGAAGAGCUACAAAGAGUUCAGUUACUCCAGCAAAGCUCAAGGAUCCAAGAGCACUCAGGACACGGGAGAGUCUCAUAUUUCAGAAGCUAAACAGUGACUUGGGGGUAAAGUCUGACUUGCUGGAGACUGGUCUUUCAGUCACUGAGACAUAUUGACAUUGCACUUACCUGUAUAGCCGGGGCGCCUGUUUGCUUCACUGAAAAAUUUUGUAGAUAUUAUCUUUCUUCACUAUGUGUGAGCCUUUGCAUUUUAAGUUACUGCACUAUCUAUUAAAAUCAUUACCACUUGCAAAGUCCUUAUAAAUGAAGCAUUCUGUUAAGGUUAUCAAACAAGCAGUGAUGUGAGAAGUUUUGGAAAAAAGUAAAUCUACGAAUAUUAAAAAUAUUCACAUAUGGAAAAAUGUUUUCUUAUUAUGAUAAUACUGUAAAGACCUGUUGUAUCAGGUUAAUCUAAUGAUGCUCAUUCUGUAAUUCAGGUACUUCAUUCAAUGAGCAAUAUAGAUACAUUUCCUACAAAGCACUUUCUUUGACCACUGUCUUCAAGCUAUUAAAAAUGACCUACAAUAAGAGGACAAUUAUGAAACAGAAAUAUUUUAAAUGUACAGUUGCAUUGCCAAGCAAUUUCCCUGUGUUUUCAUACUUGACUGCACCUCUGCUCUAUGUUUACUAUGACAAUAUUUUA